GUGAGAACGACCACUAUGUUCGAGUCACUAGCUUAUUCCCAAAGCUUCAAGGGAUAUGACCUUACCAAACAAAAGAGUCCUGGUUGUUCUCAUGCUGUGUCGCGAAUUCAUAGAAAUUUUAUUUGCAUGUUUUAUUCAGAUAAACUAUCACAUGAUUUUAGUCACAGGAUAAGUCAUAAAAAUUGUAUAUCAGAAGGUUUCUUUGAAAGCAAACCUCUCAUUGUUCCAUCAAUUUCUAGUUGGAAAGGUUUCUAUUUCUCUAAGUGUAGGCCAUUACAUUGGGAACGGAUGCAGACAAGUGCAACACAUGAUGUUGCUGGUGCUGUUGAAGUCAUCAAUGAUUUAGGAUUGGAUACUCUUACUUUCUUGGCUGUGACUGUCUUAAUUGUGCCUACAUUCAAGUUAAUUAAAGCCAGCCCUAUACUUGGUUUCUUCUUUGCUGGGGUGGUACUCAAUCAGUUUGGUUUAAUUAGAAACCUAACGGAUGUUAAAGUUUUGUCUGAAUGGGGUAUCCUUUUCUUGUUGUUUGAGAUGGGUUUAGAGCUUUCAUUUGCACGUCUGAAAGCUCUUGCGAAGUUUUCCUUUGGGAUGGGAUUGACUCAGGUUGUAUUAUCAACUUUAGCAUUUACUGCUUUUGAACUUCCACCAAAUGGAGCCAUUGGAACCAAAAUUUUGGAAGUCCUUUUCCACUCAAGGCCUGAUCUGGUGAAUAUUAGAAGCAUCGAUGAAGCUGUGGUGAUUGCUGCUGCUCUCUCUCUGUCAUCUUCUGCAUUUGUUCUACAGCUUCUUGCAGAAAAAGGUGAGCUUCCUACAAGAUUUGGUUCAGCAACUCUGGGAAUACUUCUUUUGCAGGACAUAGCUGUUGUCCCACUUCUAGUCAUUCUUCCAGUACUAGAGAGCCAGAAUCUGGCUGAGGGAAGUAUUUGGCCUAUGCUUGCUCUAGAAAGUCUAAAGGCAUUAGGCGGAUUGGGUCUGCUUUCUCUUGGGGGAAAGUACAUUCUUAGAAGAGUUUUUGAGGUUGUUGCAGAUGCAAGGAGCUCAGAGGCUUUUGUUGCACUUUGCUUGCUGACUAUUGCUGGGACUUCACUUGUCACACAGAAUUUGGGCUUUAGUGAUACGCUUGGAGCAUUUUUAGCUGGGUCACUUUUAGCAGAGACAAAUUUCAGGACCCAGAUUGAAGCUGACAUAAGGCCGUUUAAAGGCUUGCUUCUUGGGUUAUUUUUUCUAACUACGGGGACUUCCAUCGACAUGCAGCUCCUUUUGCGAGAGUGGCCAAAUGUACUUUCACUCUUGGCUGGUUUGAUUGCUAUCAAGACAUUAAUCAUAACUGCAAUUGGUCCUUGUGUUGGGCUUACUUUACAAGAAAGUGUAAGAAUAGGAUUGCUUCUAUCCCAAGGAGGGGAGUUUGGAUUUGUAGUUUUCUCCUUAGCAAAUAGGCUUGGGGUGCUUCCGCUUGAGCUCAACAAGUUGCUAAUAAUUGUUGUUGUACUAUCAAUGGUAUUAACCCCAUUUCUUAACGAAGCAGGAAGAAGGGCUGCUGGUUUUAUUGAUGACAAAUUUGAUGCUGAGAUUAAAGCUUCUGAUAUGGUCAACUUUAGUGCCAGUGAACCUGUUGUUAUUAUUGGAUUUGGACAAAUGGGCCAGGUCCUUGCCAAUUUCCUGUCCAACCCAUUGGCUUCAGGAGAUAGUGAUGCAGUAGGAUGGCCUUAUGUGGCUUUUGAUCUUGACCCCACAGUGGUAAAGGCUGCUACAAAAGUUGGCUUUCCAAUUCGCUAUGGGGAUGGAUCACGUCCAGCUGUUCUUCAAUCUGCUGGUAUCUCUUCUCCAAAAGCUAUCAUGGUUAUGUACGCUGGCAAGAAGAAGACAGUUGAAGCUGUUCAGAGGCUACGAUUUACUUUCCCUGCAGUCCCAAUUUAUGCCAGAGCUAAAGAUCUCGAGCAUCUUUUAGAUCUGAAGAAAGCAGGUGCAACAGAUGCCAUUUUGGAAAAUGCAGAGACUAGCUUACUGCUGGGUUCUAAGCUUCUGAAAGGCCUUGGCAUGAUGUCUGAUGAUGUGGCAUUUUUAAGUCAGCUCAUUAGAGAUUCCAUGGAGCUACAAGCUCAACAAGCAGUCAGCCAGUCCGAAUACCAUGAAUCAGAUAUGAUGAAACCACUGCAGGUGAGGGUUGGUAACUUGACAGAGGCACAUGUACCUAUGGCAACAACUUCACAUGAAUCUGAAUUAUCAGAAUCGAACCAGGCAGAUCAUGCUUCAGUCCCUAGAAUUCAGAUGGAAGUAGAACAAGAUUAUGAACUCAAUCAAGCCGUGAAUUUUGAAGAACAUAGCGUUUUAUGUAGGAAACAAGGUACUGAAGAAAGCUCAUUACUUGGAUCUCAAGAUGCUCUAGGAGAGAAGAAUCUGGUGGAUCCAACAAUCCCUUGUCGCAAUGCCAUUGAGGAACCCUGACAAUUUUCUGUAGAGCUUCGUUAGAUCUUUCCAUUAAUUUUGCUCCUCUAACCCAAUAGCUUCAGAAAGUCUUCCAAUAUUUUUGCAGACGCCAACCGUAUGUAUAGGAUUACAGAGAGCUUGUAGAUGUAGGACAGCAUCAUUUUACAGCUCAGAUCCCCAUUUCAAUUAAUUAUUCAAAGACCACACAACGUAUAGCUAU